GUUUAGCGUUUAGUAGUUAGACGCCCAUUGUGCGGGUAGAAUCCUGUAAGAUCACGUGAAGCGUGAGGCUGAUCGGGCGUCUACGGCUGCGGCGCGGCCGACACGCGUCUGUCGCGGUGACCUCACGGUCUUCACCACCGCUGCUUGUCCGUUGCCCACACGCGUACCCCGCGCUGCUCUCGGUCCUUGUCUCGCGCUAUCUUGUGACUCGGAUACGACUUAUGGCCCAGCAUGCAGAGAAAAGCAGGCGACAAGAACUCAAUUGCUGCGCGGUCAUGGAGGAGGCGGCGAUGCGCUCCAGGGAACGCAGAGCGAAGCGCAAGCAGAAGCCCAUGCCGUGGAUCGUGCUCAAGCUCGCGGUCGGUAUCACCAUCGCCAUUGUCGCAUAUACGUUCUAUGUGUACAUUGGGAGGCUGUGCGUGCCGAUGAUCAGGAGGGACGAGGGCGCUCUGGGCGGCAGAGCUACGGGCAUCGGGUUCUUGGUGGUGUUCUGUGUGCUGGGUCUGAUGAUGCUCUGGGCUUAUGAGAAGGUCGUCCUUACGUCCCCAGGCCUUGCGAGAGACUUCGUGAAGAAGACACCGGAGCCGGUGGUGAAUACUUUCGUGCCGGCUUGGUGGGACUCGCAGCGGGACUUGACGGGCAUGCCGUACCAGUACAUGGGCCAGGGCGAGCAGCCACCAGAACCAACUGCUGCCGAUCACGAAGACGGUCUGCAGCCCCCUAAUGGGCACCAGCCCAAUGGGCACCAGCCUAAUGGGCACCAGGCAGAUGGUGAUGCUCAAGCUGGGAUGACGGAUGCCAUCCCUGCGGUUGCACAAGCCCGCGUUGCAAAGCCCGAUGCGCCUGCCCCGCAACAGAACGGAAGCGCACGCAAGGGCCCUCAGAAUUCCAGACGUGUACCAGAGACCGCCGUGUUGCGUCCCGAGAAUCGGUAUUGCUGGAAAGAAGGCUUCGUCAAGCCCCUCAGGGCGCACCAUUGUGCUGCCUGUGGUACCUGUGUCCUUAGAUACGACCAUCAUUGUCCAUGGAUCGGGCAAUGCGUCGGCGCGCGCAAUUACAAAUACUUCGUGAUCUUCCUCGAGUGGGCCCUUCUGUUCUGUUUGUGGACCUUCUCGACGCUCGUCGCUGAUCAGGCGAAGUCGGGACGCGUAGACGCCCAGAAGAUCGUCAUCAUUGUCUUGUCGUUCUUCUUCGUGGUGUUCACGUCGUCGUUAUUGGUAUCGCACAUGCGGCUCAUCAUGCUAAAUACGACAACUGUGGAGUCGCUUAGAUCACAGAGCAUACGCGACCGAGAGAAGCGUGUGCUCGCCCGCAUGCACCCUUGGUAUGCAGUAGGCGCGAAGAGGCGCACACGCAAACAGUGGGACCAGGAAUGGGGUCGUAUAGACCACGAGGGAAACCUAUGGUGGUUCGGGAGCUACCGCGCAAACUGGGAGUCUGUCAUGGGGUCCUAUGCAUGGCAGUGGUUCCUACCCAUUGGCCAAAGUCCCGAUGAUGGCCUAUCGUACAUCCCCAACCCUCGUCAUGACCCCGAGGGACGCUGGAGGCCACGGCGGGAGUGGCCUGCCAAGUUACAAUAGACGUGAGCGCUACUCUCCGCUCUUGUGUCCGUCUGAGACGCAGGGCAUUUUGGCGUCUCCUUGAUCCGCCCGCCGUGCAGUUCUGCAUUUAUGACAUGUCUGGAUGAUGACCCCGCUACGUAUAUGGAUGGAACUCUGCCCGGAUUUCUGAUAUCGUAUCUACAUUCAUAAUCUACCGCACUGUAAAUUAUGCCUAUACCUACACACUCGCCAUAGACUUUCAGUUGUGCGACCGUCAAGGUCGUUCCGUCAUACGAACGGAUCAAAAAUACCACCGACUCGAUCGUGAAUGCCAGUCACCAAAACGUAGAUCCGCUCCGACAUUUCCUAUUUGGGUCGGAAAUAUUAAACGUGACCUCGACGGA